AGGCCACCUAUUUGCAGCACAGCUCAUAUAUUUUCAUUAGAACGUAUCUGUUUCCGAGUGUGAACUCAAAUAUAACACUAAUGAAUAAAUCAAAUGAGUCAAUUAAAGUGGAAGGAUCAAUGUAUAACAGUAUUGUGGCAACUACACUGUUUGUAGCUUUAUUUUGGACUAUAGUCACUCUGUUAUCAUGGUUAAUAAGAAAUGUAUUAGUUUCGUUAUUCAAUUCUGUCACUUCUUCUCAAACAACUCAGGAAUCCAUAAAGAGUUUCAUUAACUUUGAUGUAAUAUCGAAGCUGCUUGAUAAGUCUCCAUUUGUAAAUUUCAGAAAUUCAAUAUACAAUCAUCUUUAUUCAAAGCCAAAGUUAUUGUUAGCCAUAUUAGAUGCUGUGGCUACAAUUGAACUUUGUGCAUGCAGUUUAGAAUGUUGGAUUGUUCGUGAAGUUUUCGGUUAUUGGGGUCUUUUGGUUGCUAUCGCUUUAAAUUGUAUUCGUUCAAGCUUGUUUGUUUCAUUUGAUACUUAUGGAAGUCCUUGUAAUCCAUGGUACAGAUUCUUACUUGGUCAAACACAACCAAUAUGGAUGAUUUUCACAUGGACUUUACAACUUCUAUCUGCAUCGAUAGCACUUAAAUUAUGUGUAUACUGGUGGUCAUUACAAUUAACUGUCUAUCAUUCAGCACGUUAUGAAUUAGCAUUAAACAUGUUAAAUCCUCAAACGUUGAUGAAUUACAAUUCAGAUUUACAAGUUGUAGUCAGUAUUGGAUUCUUAUGUGAAGCGGUUGUAACUUUUAUGGACUUAUACUUGAAUAGUCUAUUUUCAUGUAUAUUAGAAUGUUGGAAUUCACAAUGUCUUAAAUAUGCUUCACAAACAGCAUCUUCUGCAAAUUCAAUUAAAUCGACAGUAUCUGAAGUGUCGAAUUCUUGUGAUUUAACGCGGAAACAAUUUAUUAUUUCUUAUAUUGUAAGAUUAUUGAUUAUUCUUACAUUGAUAGCUUAUGGUCUUGAAUGGACAGGAAUGUAUUUAAAUCCAGCCAAUGCAUUUAUUCAAUCCUGGGGUGUUGGUAAUAUUAAACCAAUGAAUCAUAUAAUUGUAUAUUGGUUUGGACCAAUGUUUGGUGUUUGGUUAUAUACUAAAACUAUAGAAUGGUCAUGUAUAUUUAUAUCUAAAAUUAUGAUUACAUCAUAACUAUUGGUAAACAUGGGUAUUAUCUUUCAUUACCAAGUAAAUUGCCUGAAUUGUAUAGUGAAAAUGUUAUAAUGAAAUACAUUGGUGUCAAUUGACUAUAUCAGAUUCAUGUGACCAUUGUUUACAAUAAACUUUGUUUUACAUUGAAAUGUAAUCUAUUUUUAUACAUUGA